GUGAGAAUUUGGUAGCACUGACUCGGCGCUUGGUGGUUUUGUGACGACGAGCACCGACGCUUUUUCUGUUUGGGUGGGGGCUGAUAAGUCAAGCCGCCCUUGGAAUUUCUAAACAUUCCAGUCCUGUAAAUAACCGAUACAUUUUCUGCGGGAAGAUGACGGACCAGGAGUUGGAUUGUGCCCUGGAUCUGAUGCGGCGCCUGCCGCCGCAGCAGAUCGAAAAGAACCUCUCCGACCUCAUCGACCUGGUGCCGAGCCUGUGUGAGGAACUGCUCUCGUCAGUCGACCAGCCGCUCAAGAUAGCCCGAGAUAAAACGGUCGGAAAGGACUACCUGCUGUGCGACUACAACCGGGAUGGGGACUCGUACAGGUCGCCGUGGAGUAACCAGUACGACCCGCCGCUGGAGGACGGAACCAUGCCCUCGGACCGACUGCGGCGCCUUGAGGUGGACGCCAACGCCGCCUUCGAUCAGUACAGAGACAUGUACUUCGAGGGCGGCGUCUCAUCCGUCUACCUCUGGGACCUCGACCACGGAUUCGCAGGUGCCAUAUUGAUAAAGAAGGCCGGCGACGGCUCGAAGAAGAUCAAGGGCUGCUGGGACGCCGUGCACGUGGUGGAGGUGCAGGAGAAGUCCACCGGUCGGAACGCCCACUACAAGCUCACCUCGACCGUGAUGCUGUGGCUGCAAACCAAUAAGGAGGGCUCGGGCACCAUGAACCUGGGCGGCUCGCUCACCCGGCAGACGGAACAGGACGCGGUAGUGAGCGAUACAUCGCCCCAUAUCGCCAACAUCGGCCGCCUAGUCGAGGAUAUGGAGAACAAGAUUCGCAACACGCUCAACGAAAUCUACUUCGGUAAGACGCGGGACAUUGUGAACGGCCUGCGGUCGGUGACGCCGCUCGAGGACAGCCGACGGAAGGCGGCACUGCAGACCGACCUGGCGGCCGCCCUGCAGAGGCGCCAGACCAAAACAGAGUAGCGCACCCGCCGCGCCCCCUGCACACAGACUGACGAACCGAGGUGGCGGCGGGGCCGUGACCAGCAGUGAUGUGACGUGACGUGGCAAGUCAGCACGGCGCGCGUGACGUGAUCGAGCGUGCCGGGGCCAGGGCGGAUCGGUGGCGAUAGAACUGUCGUGGGGCACCUGUGAUGCACGUAUCGGCUCCCCGAGGGACCGUGCCCCGCCGUAACGAGGAGUAGGACUGACGUGGCGCCCCUUCGCAGCCUGGCCCGCGCCCAACUGGAGUGUGACCGGAUGGAGACCCGUGUGCCCCUGUAUGAUCGUCCCGCGUGCCCCCGUAUGGGCGCCGAGUCCGGCACUGCCGCCCGCCCACCCCUGUUUAUCCCAGUUUAGGUCGGCCGUGCGCGCCGGCAGCGCUGCUUGGGUGCUUGUGCGGUGCCGUGUGUGGCUGUAGAGACUGGGCGACGCGACCGCCGCCUGCUUCGGAGGUCACACGGCGAGCGCGGAGCGAUUGAGAGCCGGCGCCAGCGUGCCGCCUCCAGUACCACGACCGUCAGCCGUGGCGUAUUUAUAAAUUCACGGCUAUGAUUGUUGCUAUAUGAAUAAAUAUUUUCAAGGAAGUGCGUCGUGUGCCCGCGAGCGAUCCAUAUGCAGAGGAGCACGUACGGAGAGUAUGCCGCGUGACUUGCUCCCCUGAGCGCCGCUUGAUUGGCGGAUAAAGAGCGUCUGUGGAUAUGGCUUUGGACGGCCUCGCCGGGCGAACUGUGAUUCGGCUUCAUAACUGGCAUUGGUUUAUCAUAAGGGAAACUUCAGUGUUGUAUUCAAUUGCUGUCGUAAGUAUCGGUUGGUUAUUUGUGUCAAGUGACGAUUAGCUGAAAUGUAUGCAACAACCUGAUUUGAUGGAUUGAGAUUUGAAUUACUGUUGAUUUGAAGCAGGGUGGUAGAUGCUUGGAGUUUUUACAUCAUUUUCAGUAAAAUAUAUUAUUGACAUAGACUCA